CAAACAAAAAUAUGGAAAGAAUGAAUAGAUCAGCUAAAAGAGCUGCUUUACCUCAAUUCGAUAAUGAAGAAUUAAUGAAAAUUAUUGAUCAAUUCUUAUUAGUUGAUAAAAGAUUCAUUCCUCAAGGUGAAGGUUACUCCCUUUACUUAAGACCUACUUUAAUUGGUACCACUGUUGGUUUAGGUGUCACUAAACCAACCAAAGCUUUAUUAUAUGUUAUUGCUUCUCCAGUUGGUCCAUAUUUCGGUAAAGAUUUCAAACCAGUUUCAUUAGAAGCUACUGAAUAUGCUGUUAGAGCUUGGCCAAAGGGUUAUGGUGAAUUCAAAUUAGGUGCUAAUUACGUUUCUAGUAUUGAACCACAAACCCAAGCCGCUGCCAAAGGGCAUAAUCAAAACUUGUGGCUUUUCGGUGAACAAGGUAAUAUUACUGAAGUUGGUGCUAUGAAUGUAUUUUUCGUCUUAAAGAAAGGUGAUAAAAAAGAAUUAGUUACUCCUCCAUUAAAUGGUACUAUCUUACCUGGUGUUACUAGAGAUUCAACUUUACGUUUAGCUAGAGAAAAGUUAUCUGCUGAUGAAUGGAUCAUUAGUGAACGUGAAAUCACCAUUCAUGAAGUUAAAGAAAAAGCCGAUAAUGGUGAAUUAUUAGAAAUUUUUGGUACUGGUACUGCAGCCAUUGUAUCUCCAGUUAACAAUAUUGAAUUCAGAGAACAACAUAUUAAAGUUCCAACUGGGGAUGAUUUCGGUCCUUUGACUCAACAAGUCUUAGAUUGGAUUAAAUCAAUUCAAUAUGGUCAAUUAGAAUUCGAAGAUUGGUCAAGAGUUGCUAAAAAAUUAUAAGUGUAUUUAAAAUAUUUAUUUAAUUGUAAUUAGAAUAAAAAGUUAUUAGAUUUUGAAA